UCUAGGCGCUCGGUUCCUGCUGAUGUCGCUUAAGCUAAUCACCACAGCGUGUGGGUGGCAACUGCACAGCAGUCUUGCUUUUCGGUGCGACGUGGGAUUGGUGUAAUAUGGUAAUGUAGAGGAGGUGCUAGGUUUGGCUCUUGUAUUAUGGUAAGUGUAGAUUACACAAAGGGCCCCCAGCGGAGAGCGCUCCGUCUAGUCAGUUUCUGUCUCUGCAACUGACCAGCAAGAUGUGAAUUUGUCUCUGGCUGUGGAAAUUAUUUUUCACGUGGGGGUGUCGUUCGAUAGACCACGCAACCCCCCCUCCAACUCCAGGGAGAACAUGCUCUAAGGCUACCAAGCCAAGAUGGAAUGAAGGAAAGUAAGACCGGGACUGUCUGAUCUGAGAAGGUGCCAAGCAAUCUUCAGUUGGAGCAGCCCUUGCCGUGUUUUCUUCCGAAGCCAGCAACUGCACGUGAGUCACCAUGGCGACCAAGCAACCCCCACCUCUAAUGAAGAAGCAUAGCCAGACGGACCUGGUGAGCCGACUCAAGACACGGAAGAUCUUGGGAGUUGGCGGGGAAGAUGAUGAUGGGGAAGUUCAUAGGUCUAAGAUCAGUCAAGUCCUGGGCAAUGAAAUAAAAUUUGCUGUGCGGGAACCCUUGGGGCUCAGGGUCUGGCAGUUCGUCUCUGCCAUCAUAUUCUCUGGGGUUGCCAUCAUGGCUCUCACUUUCCCCGAUCAGCUCUAUGACGCCGUCUUUGAAGAAGAAUCCAUCAAUAGCAAGACUCCCAUCAGGCUGUAUGGAGGAGCCCUCCUCAGUCUCUCCCUUAUCAUGUGGAAUGCCCUGUACACAUCUGAGAAGGUCGUCAUCCGUUGGACCCUGCUGACAGAAGCCUGUUACUUUGGGGUGCAGUUCCUAGUUACCACCAUCACCCUUGUUGAGAGUGGCCGGAUAUCCACAGGGGCCAUGCUCCUCCUCGCCAGCCGGAUCUUCUUCAUCCUUAUCACCGUUUACUAUUAUUACCAAGUUGGACGGCGACCCAAGAAAGUCUAAUCUCUGAGGCUUUCUGGGGGAGGGGAGUUGGGGUUUCUGUUAGUAACUUUGCAUUCUUUUUUUGGUGGUUCCUUUUUGUUCUAAAGCAAUUACCUUCUUUUCCACUUACCAGCAUGAAUCCGUGUGCAAACCCAGUGCUGGCACCAUUGCCACAUGAAGUGCAGGGGGAGAGCCGACCUCUGCAGCCCCUCCCCCACCAUAUUCUGCCUAGAAAAGGCAAGUGAAUGCAGCAGGGAAGGCUGACAAGAUGUAAGGACCAGUCAGGCUCAUGGACAAUGGAGGAAGCUGGCCAGUGGAAUCACAAACUCAGAAACCUUUUCAGCAAAGCACAAAAUGAUAGCAGCACACACAAACUGAAUCCCAAAGGGGAGAGGAAGCAAAGGCAGCCAGCCAAGGACUCAAUCCAGCUCCUGUAGGCUUGGAGCUGUUCAUUUGCCUUGCUCUCACACCUAUAGCCUUUCUCCCUUUAGUGAGCAGAUUUCAGAACUAAUCCUGGCCAGCCCCCUAAGGCAGGGCUGCUGACACAGCUCCAAUCAGGUAGUGUCACGGUUUUUAGAGACAACACCCAAUGUAUUUACUCUGUGCUGACAGAUGCUAUAGGAAUGCAGGACACACGGAGUUAAAUACAGCAAGAAAAGAGGGUGGCAUCUUUAUUCCUUUUUCCAACACAGUCCCGUGAAACGCAGCCAGGCUACAUCCAAAUCUUGUGUGGAUCUCUUCGAGGGAGAGUAGUGCACUUGGGUUGCAUUAGGGGAGAAAUGUAAAGAGCUGUUGAAUAGUCUCUAAGAAUGAACAAGCCUCAUUGUCUUGGAAGUUUGGUAUAUAGUCUGCUGCUGCUUGUAUUUUUUUCCUUAAUUCCUAUUGCAGUAGUUCCCCUGUGGGUAAUGCUAGGGAGUGCUCUAGCAUAGAUCAGCCAAUGCCUCUUUAACCAGUCCCCUACUUCGGUCUAGAUGAGGCCAUGGUUAAAAUACUCCCCUUAUGUCCUGUCUAUGCUAGAGCACCCAUCUUUGCUACUGCUUGGGGAGCUGUAUCACUAUUAAAAGGCUUGUGUCAAUGAGGACUGCAGGGGGUAAAUCACUGUCUGUGGGUACUUGUGUGACUCUUACUCUAGUAAAGUGAGGGACUAGAUGAGCCAGCUGGUCUUCUCCACUCCUAAUGUACAGGUACCAAUUUCCUUUUGGAUUCAGCAGAAAAAAGGACUAAAUGCUGAGGUCUUGUCUUCAGGAUCCUAUCUGGAUGGGAUAAAAGUACUUGGCAUGCCUGGAAAGGCACAACAGGACUUCGCUGUUCCCUGACCGUUGCCUCCCAUUGCUCUUGAGGCUGAGGAGGACUUAACCCUGGCUCCAUAGCACUGGUUCUUCUACGCUUCUAGUGACAAUCCUGGAGAAGAAAGUACCGUGCUCCCCACGCUUUCCAGUACCAUGCUGCUUGUUCUCCACUGGACUGAAACCCAAAGGAUUGGAUAGAUGGCAUGGACUUAUUCAUGCACCAACAGGGGGAGCUAUUGGGCUGAACCAGUCUGUGCACAGGAGUAGAGCUGACAGCCCUGGAAUGAGCAUGGGCAGGCUCCUGCCUGUUGAGAAUCAGAACCAAGGUGGCUGCUGAAGAACAUUAGCUUUAAAGGCCACAGUAGCCAGAAAAAAAAUCCCUGAUUAAAGUUAACAUGGACAUCCACUGAGCAUUCAUAGUAAAGCCUAGUGCAUUUUCACUACAGCUCUCCCCCAAAGCCUGUUCACCUGCUUCUGGCAUUUACAAACAGCUGCAUGAACUUGAUCUCCUGUAUGCAUUGCAAUGUUUGGGUCAAGUGGGAAUACUGAAAAUAUUGGAGCGGUUACUAAAUGUGAUGACUGGGAAAAAGAGAGUUUGAUACCUCUUGCUGCACUUAGCCCGGGGCUAAACUCUGGACCCUAAGCUACUUGCUAAUGGUGCAGAGGUUGUAACUCUCCAGCCUGGCCAGUAGAAGAGCGUGUAUAUAGUUAAAAUUCAUCAUGAUCCUCAGGGGUACUGUCUGGAAUGGAACCUGUAACUGUGAAUCUUAUUUCAGCAGGAAUAGGCAGGCAGGAGGACAGUAUCUUUCUUUGAGGGGGGAGGGGUAGAAAAGUGCUGCCCCCAGCAUACACCACUGGCAACCAGGGCUGAGCUUGUAUUAAUCAAUGCACCAUAGCUCAAUAGGCUUUAGCUCUGAACCACUGUCAGAAGGCCCCACCUGUGAAUCUGUCAUGGCAGUGAACCACCUCUGCAGCUGAAGCCCCAGCCCCCUUCCCUGGUUCCUGGAUGGGAAUGUUCAGAAGAGGGUUUUGCUGCCGCAAUGAUUCUGUCCUCUGGUGUGUGUUACCCCCUCAGUGAGCUGGAGAGAGCAGAGGGGUGGGGGCAGCUGGCUCUGAGAGGUAAUUCAGGGCUAAAGGCCUGCUUCCAGGAAGAGAUGGAUAGAAUGGAGCAUUAAAACCAACCUACUCUGCAAUGCUCAGAGCAUUUUUUUUUUUUUUUUUUAAAUCUUGUAACCAAGUCCUAGUGGUGCCCUAGGGACUGGGGCAGGGAGGGAACAGUGGGGGGGAAGUCAUUUGCAAAUUAGUAUGCUCUAGUGAUGAGGACAGAGCAUAUGGAGCAUCAGGUGGUCCCAUGACUGUGUGGGUAUGUUUACACUGGAGCGGGAAGGUUAGAUAGGUCUGAAGAAGCUGGCUAGCCCAUGCUGCUGUAGCUGCACUUCCAGUCAGAAUAUGAGCUUGAUCAACUCUCUCUCUAAGCUGCAGUGGGGCUGUCUCAGGGGACUGGAAUUUACACCUCUCAGCUCUAAUGCAGAGAGAGAUGUACCCUGUCUGAGAAGAGGUGUAUGCAAUCCUCCCUAGCAAUCACUAGUUACCCACGGCUGACCCUACAAGGGACAGUGAGAGGGAUCAGGGCUGGAGCACUGUGGCUAUUCCUAAGGGAAGGAUCCGGGCAAUACCACACAGCACUGCCAGAAGCUUAUAGCUAGCAGGGGGUUGCUGCCUCACUUUGGGCUUUACUGGGGGAGUUUACAAUUGUAUUUUAGAAUUAAAUCCUACAGGAGAGAGGAACCAGGUAUUAGUCACUGCUGGGUGGUUCCUUGCACUCUUUUAAGGUACCACUUUGCUGAAAUUUCACAGGAAUUGGGCCUAGAAGCACGAGGACAACUGCUAAGUGGCAGCACAGGCUAGCAGCCAAGAACACAGUUGGGAGGCAAAAAUUAUUAGGCUUUAAUCCUGGCUCUGCCACUGACUAGCUAGAUGAUCUUGGCCAAGUCACUUCACCUCCCAGCCAUCAGUUUCCCCAUCUAUGAAAUGAGGGUAAUGAACCUGACUUACCUUGACGGAGAGGGGGGACAGCAUUUCAAGGUGUUUGUACAGCCCUCUGCACAGCAGAGAAGUAUUCUCCAGGUGACUGAGUUCUGAACAGAGACGAGCCUGCAGUUACAGAGUGGGUUUCUCCAAAUGGUUCCUGUGUCUGCAAUGGGCAGAACCAAAACCUUGGAUUCUUACAGCCCAAAACUUAAGGUGAGGGAGGCUAAAAAUUCAAGCAGGUUCCUUACUGACCUCAAGCAAAGCUGGCAUCGGCACUGGGGAGGAGAAAGGCUCUCUAGUCCCACUGCCACUCCCUGGGCCAGCCAGCCUUUCCUGUCUCUUAGGUUUUUUGGAUUCAGUUUAUACCUCAUCUUAUCUGAGUUUAUUCCUCCUUUGGUGAGAAAAGUGACUGUACUUAACAUAAAAAACCCCCAAUCAUGUGAAUAGUGAAAAUUAAAGAUGUCCCACAGCACUGUCA